UCGAGGAUGGACGCGCACGGUGAUUCAAAUUGAACUAUCUCGCUACAGUACGAAAAUGCUGUGAACAUUUCAUUACAUAAAAACCUUCGAGCUUGAAACUUUACAGUGCUGAUUGUGAACAUUGAAGUCGAAGUUAAUUUUUAGGGUUCAAAUUUUCCCAUGUGCCGACAAUUUUUUUUCAGUCAGGAUUUCCGAGUUGUCUGUGCUAUAACUAUAUCACCAUGAAUUUUGACAGAGUUGACGGAUAACGAUAACCUGGUUGUAAAAGCUACCCAUGCAUCAAAGUCUUAAACACCAAACACCAAGAAUGAAUUCAAGGAACAAAUAUGAAUCAAAUGAAGUGAUCCAUACGAGAUAAGAUAACAAAAUAUUGGUUGAAGCAACGGAUAGUGCACUUCAUAUGAUCUAAAUGACUUAUUCAAUAAAAAACAGCGCUGCUUAUUGCAGGCGCCGACUAUGUUCGAAUCGACUAAAGGCGCAUUGCUGGUAGCGCCCUCUCUCUCAAACAGCUCCUGUUGGCCAAACGGAAAAGGCUGGCCUACAACCUUCCCAGCAACUGAGGAUAUACUGAAAGCUUUUUUCAUAUUCGCCGUAUCUAUGGCCAUUGUUUUUAGCAAUCUUGUACUCAUUUGCGUCUUGAAUAAUCGGAGGUACAUCAAGUAUAUUGAUAACCAGCCAAGAUACCUUCUGACCUCAUUGGCGCUAAACGAUCUAUUUACGGGGAUCCUAAUUGCGCCCGUAGCCCUUUUACCCGCGCUUUACAAGUGCUGGCCUUACGGGGAAAUAUUUUGUCAGAUUCAGGCACUUCUGAGAGGAGCAGUCAGUCAACAGAGUGCUGUUAUUUUAGUUUGUAUGGCGAUAGAUAGAUAUUUAUAUUUACUACAUCCAAAUACUUAUCAUAAACAUUCCAGUAAAAAGGGCUGCGUAUUAGUUAUAAGUACAACUUGGAUUUUAUCAGUAUCUCUUUUUGCUACUAUGGUUUUGCCACGGUCUGGUUACUAUUUUAACUCAACGGGUUUGAUGGCCUGCGACGUGUUUCACAGUAGAAUCGCUUUCAGAAUCCUGGCUUGCUGCGCUUACUAUUUCCCAACAACAAUGGCUCUGAUGUAUUGCUAUGGAUCUGGAUUCCACGUCAGCAAAACAAGAAGUAAAUGCACCACGGAUACAAGAUCCAAUGGAAUCCCCAUAUCGUGCGCUAAAAAUAUUCGUGGUGAACAGGCAGCAAUACAAAUGCAGACACCAGUGCGACCGCAUAGUGUGAGCACGUCACGUACAAUGGCUGCAAUGUCUCUAGGAUUUAUUGUAAUGGUAACUCCAGCUACUAUUCAAGAAGUGGUUGCAGCUUGCACGGGAUGUAAGGUACCCCCAACAUUGGAUUUUCUUGUUACGUGGUUAGCUCUAAGUGAUAGUUUCUGGAACCCUUUCCUAUAUUGGUUGUUAAACAGUCACUUCAGAAGAAUAAGUAAUGAGCUCAUUCAAUAUUAUAUAUGCUGUCGGAGAUCGAAAUCAUUUCAAAGCUACGAAAAACCUGCGGGUUGUUGUGGGUCUUCAAUUACGUCAGAAGGUUUACAUUCAAAGGGUGAAUUCGAAGGGCUUGGUGAGAAAUAUUGGGGUGAAAUUUUAGAACGAACUGUCUCUUCAAAUUCACUCCACGCAAUUCAAAAAUGCCACAGGGAUCCAAUGCGAUGUACAGGCUCUUUUAAAGGGUAUCAUAGCGGUACUUGCAAACAUAAUACAAGAUUUUUCGAUGGAUAUGGUCUAUCGGAUUACAGACAGUUAGACAGGUCUGCAUUCCAGAUUGAACCAUGCUCAAGACAAUGCAGGAUGAAGACAUCAGAUUUCUGCCUGUUUAGGCAAGGUCCCGGCCUCGAAUGUGGUCGAUCUCGAUCCAAUCUUAGUUUAAAUGAAGGGAACUUCAACAAAAUUUGUAACGGCAGGCAUCCGGAGUUGUGAGAGUUAAGGAACUGUCCGG